AUGGCAUUGUUUGUGACAGGAGCAAUAUGGAUGCGAUAUAGCUUUGCAAUCAAACCGGUUAAUUAUAACUUAGCUAGCGUCAACUUCUUUCUCUGCACUGUCGGAUUGUAUCAGUUAUCCAGGAAAUUCAGAUAUGAGUCAGCGAAAAAACGGCUAGCCGCAGCAAACGUACAGCGGGAGGUGGCUGGCGAGACGUAA